CCACACUUGCUCUGUAGAUGUCACUGCAGAGUCACGUGAAUAAUUAUGGUCUCCUUUGGUUAACAAAUUGUCUGUAUUUUGGAGGACUUAUAAGAGCUUAUAAUAUCGAUUACUUGGUUCUGGAUUGUAGUGGAAAAAAAUGACUGAAUACUGGUUAAUAUCAGCCCCAGGUGAUAAGACUUGCCAGCAGACCUGGGAAACGAUGAAUAAUGUAACAAGCAAACAGAACAAUCUAUCAGCCAACUAUAAGUUCCAUAUUCCAGAUUUGAAGGUUGGAACACUUGAUCAACUUGUUGGAUUAUCUGAUGACUUGGGAAAGCUUGAUAACUUUGUAGAGCAAGUUACUAAAAAAGUAGCAGUUUACUUGGGAGAGGUCUUGGAAGAUCAGAGGGAUAAACUCCAUGAGAAUCUUCUUGCAAACAAUAGUGACUUACCAGCGUACAUCACACGAUUCCAGUGGGAUAUGGCAAAAUAUCCCAUCAAACAGUCAUUGCGAAAUAUUGCAGAUAUUAUAAGCAAGCAGGUUGCACAGAUUGAUGCUGACCUCAAAACAAAAUCAACAGCAUACAACAACUUGAAGGGCAACCUUCAGAAUUUGGAAAAGAAACAAACAGGCAGUCUACUUACACGAAAUCUUGCUGAUCUUGUAAAGAAGGAGCACUUCAUUUUGGACUCUGAAUACCUCACCACUCUGCUGGUCAUUGUGCCAAAAGCAUCCUUUACUGACUGGCACCAAGGAUACGAGAAACUGACAGACAUGAUUGUCCCUCGCUCAAGUCAGCUGGUCAGUCAAGAUUCUGACUACGGUCUCUUUACUGUCACACUGUUUAAGAAGGUGGUAGAUGAGUUUAAGCUUCAUGCACGAGAAAAAAAGUUUGUUGUUCGUGAUUUCACAUAUAAUGAAGAAGAACUAGCUGCUGGCAAGAAUGAAAUUACAAAACUUGUGACAGACAAGAAAAAACAGUUUGGUCCCCUGGUAAGGUGGCUGAAAGUGAACUUCAGCGAAUGUUUCUGUGCUUGGGUUCAUGUAAAAGCCCUAAGAGUGUUUGUGGAAUCAGUUCUUAGGUAUGGAUUACCUGUCAACUUCCAAGCCAUGCUGUUACAUCCAAACAAGAAGAAUACAAAGAGACUUAGAGAUGUUUUAAACCAGCUUUAUGGUCAUUUGGACAGUAGUGCAGUUCAGGGCUCAGCUUCUCAUGAUAGUGUUGACAUUCCAGGGUUAGGUUUCGGCCAGUCGGAAUACUUCCCGUACGUUUACUAUAAGAUCAAUGUGGACAUGAUGGACACCAAGAUGUAAAUGCAUCAUCUCGUAGCAGCUGCUGAAGAGUCGCGCAGUACUGCUGGAAUGCAGACGAUAGCGUGUUAUGUAGACAAGGGUUGGGCGUCGGAUUAACAGUGACUCUUGGGUGAUUUUGGCAGCAGUAAGAAAUGUCGCUGUACAACCCUCUUCUCCUAGUUGAUAUUGUUUGAACUGUCACAAAGAAAAGCAUUUCUACUUUAUUCUUUUCUUCCUUUUGUGUUGAUACUGGACAGUAAAAGUAAAGUACCUAUGUAACAUUCCAAGUGGUGUUAACUAUUGUCUAUCUGCAAAAAUAAAAAUCUGUUUUUGUGUUUCUGGUAGUGUCACAUGUACAGAGGUGUUGUACACUCUUAACAGUAUUCCCUUGUGGUGGUCCUCACUUUUGUAUUCUUUACCCAUUUCUCAUUUAUUGUCAGAAAAUAGCACCAAAUAAAAAUUUAGGGAAGAAUCUUUAUGAAAUGUUUAUUUUUUAUUCUGAAUAUUUGGCUCCUUUCUUUCUGAUGUUGUACUUGUUAGACCUUUUGGAAUUGGUUUCUUUGUAGUUCUGUAGGGGUAAUGGUUCGUCUAUUAUUAUUAUUAUUACUGUAAAUGAUGUAGAUAAUUUUGUGUGGCGUAAAUCAUGUGCCUUCCAUUUAAUGGAAGAUUAUGUAUACAGCAGAGUUUUUUUUUUCCGCAUUCACUAUUACACACUUUCAUAAAUGAUCCUGAAUAAUAAACACUCAAGUUGACCUCUGUGUAGUGAAGUAUAAUAUUGCUCUAAGCUGUGUAAAUUAUGUUCUGUAUAUGAAAUUCAAGUGUAUGUAAAGCACAAGAGAACUGUAGAAGCAGAUUUACCUGGUUAUCUGAAAGUACAUGAAGCUUAUAAAAUGUUUUACUUGUAUAUAACAUUCCAUGCCAUGUUGUGUAAAAUCACAAAGCGUAAGAAAAUAAAUAAGUGCAGUGUUAAGAUUUA